AUGACUUCCCUCCGGUUUCCCCCUUCCUUUCCGGAUCUGCCGCGCGCGGUUUCUUCUCUGCUGUCAUGCUGGCUGUGGUUGCUGCGCUGCGAGGUGGAGGUGGUUGGUUGUGACGGCGAGCUAAAGCAGAUUGCACGCGAGGCGUUGACCACGCGACCCAACUUCGCAUACACGCUAGAGGAGGUCAAGGCGGAUGUACGGCGGGUUUUCGCCACCGGGUGGUUCGCUGAGGUCUCCCCGGACGCGGAGGACACGCGCGACGGAGUCAAGCUCCGGAUUCGGGUCCGACCGAAUGAGGAGGUCCGGUCCCUGUCCGCAGUGGGCGCAAGUUUACUGCCAGCGUGUGUCGUACAGCAGGCUUUUGAGGGCCUGGGGAACCACCACCACCACCACCUCGCUAACGCUCAUGAUGAGUCCGAGAUGCGCUGCCGUGCACUGUACGGUAUGCCUGGUCGUACACUGAACCUUGGGUCGCUUCAAAAGGCCAUCGCCACGCUGGACGGCUGGUACCAUGACAGGGGCAUCAUGGGCAUGGUUUCGGACUACACCUUCGAGGACGGUCAGCUCCAGCUUCAAUGCGCCGAAGCCCUGGUCAACUCCGUUACACUCCGGUUCUUAGACUCGACCAGCGGCCAGCCCACCGCUUCAGCCACCAUCCUAAAACCCACAUCCUCCGCCUCCACUACAACCACCAUAACCACCACCUCCACAAGCACCGGUAAUAGCAACAGCAACAAUGAUGGCAAUAGCGAAAACGGUACAACGGCGACGAAGAAGAAACCACCCGCCCUGCAUAAGCCCCCACGUACCAAGCCGCAUGUGGUGACACGUCAUUUGACUGGCACACGGCCUGGGGACGUGUACAACUUGCGGGCUGUACGGCGGGAUUUGAAUGCGGUGUACGCGACGGGGCUGUUCGAGGAUGUGAACGUCUCGACCCGGGAGGCGGAGGACUCCACGGAGGCCGUGCCCAAGGUGGAUCUGGUACUCGACCUCGUGGAGAGGAAGACCGGGGGCUUGUCCGCUGGGGGCGGACUUAGCGCCGCGGCGUCGGGGGAGGGCGCCUGGCCCGGAUUGAUCGGGUCCUUCUCCUACAACGAACGGAACCUCUUUGGACUCAAUCAGCGACUGAGUGUCAGCGCGGAGAUUGGGCAGGUGGACAAGCUGUUUCGCAUCACUCACAACGACCCGUGGGUCAACAGCAACCCACACCGUACAUCUCGUACCAUCCACCUCAUGAACAAUAGGACCUCGGGCAACACAAUUCACGGCAGGGCGGAGGCGGACGGCGAUGAUGGCGGUAGCGGUGCUGCUGUGGGCGGUGGGGGGGUUGGAGCUGGCAGCGGUGGUGGGGGUGUACUACUGGGUCGGCUGCAGGGCGGAGUGGAGUGGCAACGACCGCUCUCGGAAUGUUGGUCGGGUUCCCUGUCUACCUCCUGUCACCGUACUCGCUGCAUGGACGAGCGUGGUCAGCCAAUCACGCACGACAUGUACCAUGCACCGAUUACCUUCUCCGCGGACAACAAUGAUAAGGCGCUCGUGGUCGCGGCCUCGGUAACGUACAGCGACCCACGGGACGUUGACACACAUGCCGUACUUGGCCUGGAACAAGCGCUGCCGUUACGGCGGGAAUGGCUGCACUUCACCAGAAUCAAAGCAAGGUUGGACAAGGCUGUACGGCUAGGGCCAUACCUCGGGUUGUAUAUUCGCGGCAGGGCAGGUGCUGUACUCGGCGAUCUGCCGCCGUACGAGGCCUUUCCAAUUGGCGGGACCAACUCGGUUCGGGGUUACGCGGAGGGCUGUGUGGGUUCCGGACGCCACAGUAUCGAGGGGACUGCGGAGCUCCGAGCACCUCUUCCGCUGAAGCAGCUCUGCGCCACCGCCUUCGUGGAUGUGGGAUCCGACCUGGGCAGCGGCCCCGCGGUAAUCGGGGAUCCCGCUGGCGUGCGCGGCAAGCCGGGCAGCGGGUACGGCUUUGGCGGCGGAGUACGAGCGGACUCACCUGUGGGUCCAGUACGGCUGGAAUACGCGUGGAACGCCCGGAAGGAGGGCCGGUUUCAUGUGGGGCUGGGUCACCGUUCCAUUCAUCACCUGCUUUUCAAUGCGCCUGCUUAUUCCCACGACCAGGAGCCCACCUCCAAGCGCUGCCGCUUCGCUCUCCCUCCUCAUGAACACGAGAGGCUAAGCCGGUGCCAUAUGGCCAGCAAGCAAGCGGCCAGUAAGUGCCAAGCUACGUAA